AUGGACUUCGAGGACACAUUUGCGUUCACAAUCAAAGUCCAGAAGGCGUACGGUUCACGGUCUUGCUUCGAGCCAUACUCGGGAACGGUUCUUAUGCUGAUCCGUUCACAUUUAGCGUUUGUCGCUGUGGUUCUGAUGCUGUUCUACCAUCUAUUCGGCGAGGUUUGCUACUUGGUGAAGGUAACCACCAAUAAACAGUUCGAAACCGAAACAGGAAUGGUGGAAGAAAGUGCCGGCAUAAUUGCGCGUAGCGGAUUUACCUUGUUCGGUUUGAUUAAAGUGUUGGUACUUGCGUACGAUCGGAACCUACUCGCGGAUAUCCUGGGGAAAUUGCGAACCAAUUGGAUGAAACAGGUUCAACUCAAUCGCUCGUGUCGAGAUUUUUACGAGAGAUCUUUCGGGUCGGUCGUUAAGAUCACAACCUACGCUGCCAUCACGAAUGUUGCCAUGGUGUCGCUCUUCAAUAUCGUACCCAUUCUGGAAAUGACCAUCGAGACGAUACAAACGGGCAACUGUACACGUAUUCUACCCUACACGAUAUGGUAUCCUUUCGAUGCGAUUUCCGGAUGGUGGUUCUAUUUGGUGUACAUUUUUGAAGUGGUCUCUGCGUCCUUCGUGGCAGUUGCGAAUUCCGGAUUCAACAGCAUGUUCUGUUUGCUAGCUGUUCAUCUGUCGACUCAGAUAAGACUGUUGGGCCGAUCGCUUGAACGAAUCAUCCGAACAGAAGCGGAUGCUUACAAGAUGCCUCGACCAAAUUUGGCAGACGUGGUUCGGUGUCAUGAAGAGUUGCUGGAGUACAAAAAGGCAAUAGGAACUAUCUUCGGUGGAACCACGUUUCUCGUGUUUGCCGGAGCUUCGAUAGUUAUUUGUUUGCAGGGGAUUAUAAUGACGACAUCAUCCGGCACUGAUGCCAUCAAAUUUUUCCUCUUUUUCGUUAGUAUCUUACUUGAAAUAUUUUUCCUGUGCUAUUACGGAGACGAAAUCAUGCAAAGUAGCAACGAGAUCGGAUCGGCUGUCUACAGGAGUCUCUGGUACGAGGUUGAACACGGCGGCGAUGCAAGAUUUCGCAAAAGUCUAAUUCCGAUUAUUGUGAGAUCUCAAAAACCGGUGGUUUUAAUGGCCUGGCUGUUCUGGCCAAUUACCAUAAACACAUUCGGAAUGGCGAAUUUUAAGAACAUCCUGGUCAUAUUUUUCGCUUUUAAGUGCGAUUUAUAA